GAUGAAUGUUUUAAUUUUUCAGCAAUGGGUUAGGUUAGGGUGAGCUGAAAAACCCUAACGAACUAACUGAAGUGAGGUGCUUCACUCGAAUAGGUGUGUCCUGAGACGAUGGCUCUCUCCCUCACACUCAGAACCAGACUCAAAUGGAACCCUCUCACUCUCACCCACCGCUUCUCCACUUCCAGCUCCGACGGCGGUAACGGCGACUCAACUCCCAAGUCUCCCAUGUCUUCUUAUUUCAGCGACGUCAAGGACAAGCUCAAGAGAACCCGCCCCACUAAUUCACCCUUCGCGAACCCCUACCCGCAAACCCCGUCAUCCGCCGCUUCCAAAGUCAACUCCCUCGAUGAAAUCCGCAAAAACCUCUCGGAGUUCCGCCGCCGCACGUUACCCCCUCCACCUGGCGCUGGCGAGCCCUCCUCGUCGGGGCAAAUCUCCUUUCAGGAGAUCUACAACAGAAAAGUCUCGGAAAAGUCCGGCGAAUCGGCGCCCGGCAUUGGGGGAAAGAUCUCCUUUGACGCGCUCCGCGAGAGCGUGCAGAAGAUUAAAUCUAAUCCGAACAAGCAGGGCGGCGAUCGGAUGCCGUUGUCGGCGUUUAGAAGCACCAUGAAAUCGGGUCCUUCUGAUUCCGCCUCAAGCGGCUCUUUGAUAGGCGGGAGCGGGGAGUUGCCGACGUUUUUCUUGAAGGAAAUGAACGAGAAGAAGGGCUCUGGGUCCCCGGUGACGGGGUUUGUGAAGAUGUACAGCUUUCCAGAGUUGGGGGAGAAAUUGAGGGCGUUGAGGGCGGAAGGUGGGGAGAGAGAGGGGUUCUCUAUUGCGGAGUUGAAUGAAAGAUUGGUGAAACUGAGGAAGCUGGAGGAGAUGGAAUCUCGCUCCACUCUCAUUGGUGUCGGCAUCCAACCAUUGCAAGAGAGCUUGAUUGUUCUGGAGCAAGCUAGUAAAGAAAAGCAGCAGAGGUUUGAUAUGCUGGGUCAUUUGGGCGGGAGGCCAAGCUUCAUGAUGGAUCCUCCUAAAGAGAACCUUGUUGAAAGGUACUUCCAUCCAGAUAAUAUGUCCUCAGCAGAAAAGUUGAAAAUUGAGCUAGCAAAGAUUAGAGAGGAGUUUAAAAUGUCAGAGUCUGAUUGUGGAUCUGCUCGUGUUCAAGUUGCACAACUCACAACUAAGAUUAAGCAUCUAUCAGCAGUUCUACACAAGAAGGAUAAGCAUUCUCGUAAAGGUCUGCUAGCAAUGGUUCAGAGGAGAAAAAGAUUACUGAAAUACCUUAGAAGCACCGACUGGGAUUCGUAUUGUUUUGUUAUUUCCAAGCUAGGUCUACGUGAUAAUCCAGAUAUUAAGUACUAAAGAAAUCUCUUUUCUGUUUUAACUUUUAAGAUAAGAAUGAUAUUAGUUCAGAUCCAUAUAUUAUUUUUAACUCUUCUGUGGGUUGUUUUAGUUUCCUCUGUUUACUAUUGAAACAAUGAAGGAAAAGGAAGGAAAAGAAGACCCAAUUGUAUUGUUUGGCUCCUUCCUAGAAUAUCCCUAUGUCCUUAGGUUUAUGAUGGAAAACAGAAAGUCAGUUUUGGAACUCAUCAAUAAGAUUCUGCUACAGUUUUCUUUA